AUGAAGUUGGAUAACUUUGGAUUUGAGAAGUUGCAGACGGCAGAACGCAGCGCUGGUUGGGAGACACACCGCGUCCGUUUAAACCGCGUACCGAGUUACGGCUUUGGUAUUGCGGUGUCUGGCGGUCGAGACAACCCUCACUUUGCCAGCGGGGAUCCUUCGAUAGCCGUGUCUGAUGUAUUAAGAGGAGGACCCGCAGAGGACAAGCUUCAGGUCAACGAUAGAAUAGUAUCAGUAAAUGGUAUACCGCUAGAAAAUGUCGAAUACGCGCGUGCGGUGCAAGUGUUGCGCGACAGUGGCGCGACUGUAUCGCUGGUGGUGCGACGAAGAGCGCCCGCGCCGCCCCCUACCGCCCCCACCACAAUUAAACUUUCGCUAACUAGGAACGGGAAGAAAGAAGAUUUUGGUGUAGUCCUAGGCUGCAAGCUAUACGUCAAAGAGCUCACAAUGCGAGCUCGAGAACAGCUGAACCAAGCAGGUCAAGGUCUUUGCGAAGGAGAUGUCGUGACUAGGAUCAACAACUCGCCCGUCACCGAUGCCAUUACACUUAAGGAAGCAAGGAAGUUAAUAGAGUCCUGCAAGGAUCGGUUAAAUCUGGUGGUGACUCGAGAACUUAUUAGGGAAGAAACUGUCACGAAUGGAAAUUAUCAGAAUAAUUAUAAUAGUCUAGAAGCAACAUCAAACAACGUAUAUGGCGCUGCAGAGGCUUCCCCCGGUUAUUCAAGCAGCGGUCAAAACCUAUACGUGGCGGCUCCAGUUCGCGGUGGAGACGUGAGGAGAGGCCCCAUGUCGCAUGAAACACCCGACCAGCCGCCGAGACCACCACCUCCUAGAAAUGAAGAUUAUUAUAGCAGUAGACGACAGUUAUAUGAAGAGCAGGAAGGAAUGAACAACCAGAGGAAUAAACCAUCCGGCGAACCAAGGCUAAUAAGUUUCCAAAAAGAGGGUUCGGUUGGCCUAAGGCUUUGUGGCGGCAACAGAUCCGGCGUGUUCGUAUCCGGGGUGCAGCCCACCAGCCCCGCCGCCCUCCAGGGGCUGCAGCCCGCUGACAAAAUACUCAAGGUAAACGACAUGGAAAUGAAGGGCGUGACGCGUGAGGAGGCUGUGCUGUUUCUGCUGAGCCUCCAGGACCGGAUUGAUCUCAUAGUGCAACACUCCCCUGAUGAAUACAACGCCGUUGCCAGCGGACAGAUGCCGGGUGAUAGCUUUCACAUAAAGACACAUUUCCACUACACGGAGCCGACGGACGGUGAGAUGUCAUUCAGAUGUGGCGACGUGUUUCAUGUUGUGGAUACGUUGCACAAUGGGACUGUCGGCGCUUGGCAAGUCUACAGGAUAGGCCGCACGAACCAAGAAGUUCAGAAGGGUACGAUCCCGAACAAGGCUCGCGCUGAAGAGUUGGCCACGGCGCAGUUUAACGCUACCAAAAAGGAGAUAUCUGGCAACGAGGGAAAACAUAACUUUUUCAGGAGAAGACGGUCUACACAUAGAAGAAGUAAAAGUUUAGGAAAGGAGCAUUGGGACGAGGUAGUUCUGUCGGACAGCAUAAGCAAGUUCCCGGCGUACGAGCGCGUGGUGCUGAAGCAGCCCGGCUUCGUGCGCCCCGUCAUCGUGCUCGGCGCCGUCGCUGACAUCGCGCGCGAGAGGCUGCUCACUGAGAGCCCCGACAGCUUCUCCUCGCCCAAAAUGGACAGCUCGUUAGAAGACAGUAAAACGAAGUCUACUGGAAUUAUCCGGCUGUCCAGCAUCAGGAGCAUCAUGGAGAGAGGGAAGCACGCCCUCCUAGACAUCACUCCUAACGCCGUUGACAGACUUAACUACGCACAGUUCUACCCUAUAGUCAUAUUCCUUAAAGCAGAUAAUAAACAUAUCAUUAAACAGCUAAGAGCUGGGUUGCCAAAGUCCGCCCACAAAUCUUCAAAGAAACUUCUAGAACAGUGCCAACACAUGGAGCGAGUGUGGGGUCAUGUUUUCACACAGACCAUUACACUAAGCGAAGCUAACCAGAACACCUGGUUCAGUAAGCUUAACGACCUCAUACAGAGGACCCAGCAACAACAACUUUGGGUGUCGGAAACCAAGCACGUUGAAAUGGUGUCGGACAUAUACUUCCCCGUACCCCCAUCUCCAUACCCAGCCUUCUACCCUAUAUCCUACCCAUUGAACAUAUACCCCCCAUCACCCCAAAGACCUGUCAGUUCACCCCAGAACUUACCCCCAUUAAACCUUAACCCUAGCACUAAACAUCACGACCAUUUGUAUGACGCUAACAGGAAUCAUGUAGUGCCUUAUUACUAUUCGGAAACAUUAACCCCUUGCAUGCCUAACAAUGCGUACAGUGUGCCAAACACAUACCCUACUAAUAACAGACACACCCUUGCAAAUUACCCAUACGACGAUGGGCAGAAUUAUUAUCAUAGAAAAAUAAGCCCAAAACUGAAAACACCUUUGAACGCCUCACCCGAGAUCACUCAAUUUUAUUCCAAAGGCAAUGUUUACGCGCCUCAAACAUUCAGACCGUAUAGUGUCCUCGAAACUACUACUACCAGGUCUCCCGUACAGAGUCAACCUCGACCUUCGUCGGUAGUUCCAAUCACAGAACAAUACCGACCGGCUUCAUUCUUCACCACAGAUAAUGAAAUAAAAAAGACAAACGAGGUACCUGAAUGGAAGGCGCGACUCCAAAAAGAAAUGCCAAGACCUCUAUUCAAAACUCUCGAUAAACCAUUCAGGCAGACCUGUAGAAUCCCUAAUUGCAAAUGUAGUGUGAAACCAGCAGUGGGGACUGGACGGUUCAGCGAAGUACGAACUUUACCCACAGUCUCCGAAAGGUCAUUGAAUAAAUUUAAAAAUCUAUCACUUCCAACUUUGAAGUUAGAGGAGAUUGAAAAGAUUGAACAAGAGGCUAAGAAUGAGGCAGAAAGAGAUGUCCUUCCUGUCCUGAGUAAACCCAUAUCUGAGCAGCAUUUAGGAUAUGUUUAG